GAUGAGUCAAACCUGCGUCAGACACCGUCGUGACUUACCAUAGUAAUUUCUCCAUCCUAUUGGGGGGUGAUUUAUUCCACAACACAGCCAUAACCACGUGGAAACCAGAAGCGUGAGCGGGUGUGUUUUUCAGAUCUAGAGAACAUUACAUAGAGAGACAAACGGUUGCAAUAAAUUGUUACCUGCUCAAGUUAAUGUGAUUAUAGGAGCGCAAACUUGUGGCAGGCGCCGAGCUUCUGCGUCAGACUUUACGCACCAUGCGCCCUAUGUGACUGGAAGCUGUGAUUUUGCAUCUCUUUACGCGCAGAGAUGGUGCAUACGGAGACCGUGCCUGAAUGAAGCUAGUUUAUCGUACGUUGGAUGUAUGUUAUCACAGUGAGUCGUUCUAACCGAUUCUACACACAGCAAAAGACCUACUAAACCACAAAGUUCAUCCCCUGGAAACUUGCCAGCCUCCAUCCAUUCUCUCUCCUGGCUCUCAUCUUCUUGCCUCUGUCAACGCCCCGGUCUCGCAGCCAUGCCAAAGAAUACCAAGGUGACUCAGCGGGAGCACAGCAAUGAGCCGGUCACUGAGUCAGUGGCUGACCUGCUGUCUCUGGAGCACCCCAUGGACUAUAAGAGCAGUCAGAUGAGUAUGGGUCUAAGUCCUGGCUCUACUGCGCCAGUAAAGGCCCUGCUGCCUUCUCCUGACCCAGAUGCAGAGGAUGGCCGACCAGCAUGGAACAACAAGUUGGAGUACAUCCUGGCCCAGGUGGGCUUCUCUGUAGGUCUGGGGAACGUCUGGAGGUUUCCCUACUUGUGCCAGAAAAAUGGUGGAGGUGCAUACCUGGUGCCAUACUUGAUUCUUCUCAUCCUCAUUGGCAUCCCACUGUUCUUCCUUGAGCUGGCGGUGGGUCAGAGGAUCAGGCGUGGCAGCAUUGGUGUGUGGAACUACGUCUACCCAAGGCUGGGCGGCAUCGGGGUUUCCAGCCUGAUGGUUUGCGGUUUUGUGGGCCUCUAUUAUAACGUGAUUAUUGGCUGGAGUAUCUUCUACUUCUUCCAGUCUUUUCAGUAUCCACUGCCUUGGGCUGAAUGCCCCAUCCACAGAAAUGGAACUCAAGCCGUUGUGGAGCCAGAAUGUGAGAAGAGCUCAGCCACCACUUACUUCUGGUACCGCCAGGCUCUUAACAUCACCAGUAGCAUCGACGACACUGGAGGUCUGAAUUGGAAAAUGACCCUGUCCCUGCUGGUGGCCUGGAUCAUGGUCUGCCUGGCUGUCAUUAAGGGCAUCCAGUCCUCUGGAAAGGUGAUGUACUUCAGCUCUCUUUUCCCGUAUGUGGUGCUGUUCUGUUUUCUGGUGCGAGGUUUGAUGCUGAAGGGAGCAGUGGAUGGCAUCGCUCACAUGUUCACCCCUAAGCUGGAGAAGAUGUUGGAACCACAGGUGUGGAGAGAAGCAGCUACGCAGGUCUUCUUUGCGCUCGGACUGGGCUUUGGCGGCGUCAUCGCUUUCUCCAGUUACAACAAGCGAGACAAUAACUGCCACUUUGAUGCAGCACUGGUUUCCAUCAUCAACUUUCUUACCUCCAUCCUGGCCACUUUGGUAGUGUUCGCUGUGCUGGGGUUCAAGGCCAAUGUCAUGAACGAGAAGUGUGUCGUCGAGAAUGCAGAGAAGAUCCUGGGCUACUUAAACACAGGUGUGCUGAGCAGAGAGCUCAUCCCUCCUCACAUCAACUUCUCCCACCUGUCUUCCCAGGACUACGCAGAAAUGUACGCAGUUAUAAAGACAGUGAAGGAGGAAAACUUUGCCCAGCUGGGCCUGGAUCCCUGUAUCCUGGAGGAUGAACUGAACAAGGCAGUUCAGGGCACCGGUCUGGCGUUCAUCGCCUUCACAGAGGCCAUGACUCACUUCCCUGCCAGUCCCUUUUGGUCCGUCAUGUUCUUUUUCAUGCUGAUCAACUUGGGCCUGGGAAGCAUGAUCGGCACCAUGACCGGCAUCACCACACCCAUACUGGAUGCCUUCAAGAUCCGCAAAGAGAUUCUGUGUGUGGUUUGUUGUAUCAUAGCCUUCCUGUUGGGGUUACUGUUCGUGCUGCGUUCAGGGAAUUACUUUGUGGCAAUGUUUGAUGACUACUCUGCUGGUUUGCCCCUCAUUGUGGUGGUGAUCCUAGAGAACAUCUCUGUAGCCUGGAUCUAUGGAACUAAGAGGUUUAUGCAGGACCUGGAGGACAUGCUUGGGUUCAGGCCAUACUCCUUCUACUUCUACAUGUGGAAGUUUGUGUCCCCUGCUGUCUUGGUGUUGCUCAUCUGUGCCACUGUUAUCGAGAUGGCCGUUAGUCCUGCAGGAUACAAUGCCUGGGUAGAAGCUGAGGGCUCGGACCGUUUCCAAAGUUAUCCUCCUUGGGCUUUAGCCAUGGCCUAUGCCCUCAUUGUCGUUGCCAUGCUGCCUUUACCCAUCGUCUUCAUCGCCCGCCACUUCAGCCUAAUCUCAGAUGGCUCCAACAAGCUCUCCGUCUCCUACCGUAAAGGUAUGAUGAAGGACAUCUCCAACCUGGAAGAGCAGGACGAACAGCGUUUCAUCCUCAGCAAGAACCCCAGCGAGGCUCCCUCUCCCAUGCCUGCCCACCGCGCUUACCUGGGCCCCGGUGGCACCCAAGAGAUGACCAACACCAACUACGGCACCAGCACCAAGACGGGCUACCAAAACAUCGGCUCGCCCGAGUCUGAGCUAUGAUCCACUGACGUAAAAAGUCCCGCCAUUAAACCCCGGCCCUGCUUACAGAGAGGGAGGCAGUGGGAGUAAAAAAGGGAGAGAAAAUUCACUUGCAGCAUUCAUCACACCUUAACCCCCAGAGCAAAAUCCCUCUAUUCCCCUCAUUCUGCUCCAUUACCCUUCACCUAUGUUUCUCAUCGUCUUGUGCCGCUAAUUGCAUGUCAGUCUCAGACAUGAUGAAGAGCUCAUGAGAACGUGAGACCAAACAGAUAUGACAACCAUCUCCAUCUGCCAGGAGAUGGGGCGGAAAAAGAGCCAAAUGAAAUAUAGAAGAGUCCAAAAGCUCUGGUUGAGGUUAAGGUUUUUUGCAAUGCUAACAUAAUUUACAUUGUAGUGAACUGUAAUGUGUGUUCAUCAGCUCGUGCUUCUUUUAGUUCACCUGGAAAGGAUUGUUAUUUGUGGGGAUAGGAUGGAAGGAGAUGGAAGAAAAGCACUCAUCUUGUCCUGAUCUGCAUCACGGUAUGAGAAGAUUUCUUAUCUAGAAAAUGUGUAAAUAAAAAAACAGUAUCUAACAAUUGAUUCCAAUAGCGUAAACAGUGUUACAAGCACAUUAUAUCUUUAAGUUUAUUGUGCCUAUCACACAUCAGCAAUAAUAACCAGUCACAAUAGUGUCUUCAUUCAAAUGUGGAUCUCCUUCUAUCUUGUUUUUCCCCCACUGAUGUAGAAUACUGUACAUAUAUGUCGUGCAAUAGUUUGAGAUGUCACCGUAAAUUGUGCAUAUACACUGCAAUAGUGCAAGUCAAGGGGCGGCGUUUUGCCUCUUCAUGCCAUGAACACAGAAGCACAGGCGCCUGCUAUCAUUAGAGCAUCUCUGAGCCUUAACACAGAGCAGCACUUUCCUUUCAAAGGAUCCUUCCCCUCAGCAAGCACUUCCCACUGUCUCUGUGCAGCUCCAGACCUAGAUGACAAAGACAAAGCUUUUCCAUUUUAAUCAAUUGUUUUAAUCAUACUGUUUUAAUUAAAGCCUUAGAAGGGCAGCAGCGGCAAUGCACGAGCAAGAACAAGCACGGCGACGUGUGUUUGAUCAGAGGGCAGCUUCGUGCUUGUCUGUCUCAUUGUCAGAAAAGCGAAUGCAGAGGAGGAAUUGGAAAUGUGAGUUUCGUCUUCGUGUACACGUCCAGAUGCGCAUGUGUAAUUGUGCAUGCACAAAUGUGUUGUCUGCCACUGAAUGAGAGCUGCUGGUGACCCUGCCUGUUUAAAAAUAGAGCUGCGUUGCCCAGGGGAAGCCGUGGCAACACACCAUAGAUACAGAUCCUCUUGUGAUGUGGAGGAGGAAGAGGAGAGCAGACACCUCGCUCUGUCUGCUCCACCUGCACAGCUGUUUGCUCGGUUAAACAGACGAGACAUUUUACGGUUGAUGCCCUUCAAGAAUAUGUUUCUUAUGUUAUACCUGUACAUUGAAUAACAGGUUCACUGCCAUGCUGUGCUGUGGAUUAAUCAUAUGUCAUCCCUGAGUGGAUGGUAUUUUAUGUUCCAACUGAAUUGUACAUUCCUCGAAUUGUGACCACUCCAUAGAGAUAUAAUUUCACAAGCACCGCAAACUACACCUCUGUCUUUUUCUGUGAUCUGAGGUGUGAAAGUGAAACCUUUUUUUUUUUAUUGUGUAAUCUCAAAUCAUAGCACAUUUUUAGAAUUAUAAUGUGGAUAUGUACUCUGAUAUAAAUGUUUGCAGUGAGUGGUAAUACAUGGUUUUCACCACUGGGUGACUCUGCUGGCCAGCAGAGGAGCCAAUGACACUGUCCUGUGGCCCCUCCCUGAAACAACACCAGUACUUGAGACUGAACAGAUGUAGUGUGAAGCACAGUCAGCCACAUUGUUCGGUGCCUGAACAGAUUCUGUGUUGUCUGUUUGCCUUAGGCUUUAUGGGGUUUUUUCCCCCUUGAUUAUUUUAUUAUUUUAUUAUGUAGAGUUUUCACCAAUGUUCCAUCAUAUUAAUUUGCACUUUAAUUAGGGGGAGACCCUGGAGUUGUUUGUUAAGCACACAUGUAAAAAAGAAAAGAGAGCAAAGUAAAUAUAGGGGCCAAAUAGUUUAAGAUGACAAGGCUCAACAGAAAUGCAUGACAAGGCAAAAACAUCUAGUCCGCUGUAUCGUCUAAAAGACAUUUAUCUUUGAGUGCAAAAUGAUAGUAUUUUAAAUCUCAUCAUCUGGCAUCUUGUCAAAAGUACUACGUAAAAUUUUGCCUGUCAUCCGUUUGUGGUAGCCAGUAGCAGAGAGCUCUUAUUACCCUGCAUCCUAUUUUGCUAAGCAAUCCCUAUGAUACGAUGCCCAGUACCCCCUACAGCAUGGCUCUUGCUUUUAGUUGAUGACCUACAAUGGCUGUGAUGCAUUGCUUGGGACUGACUGGUAUUAAGACAAUACAGCUCAAAUCUAUUGCCCUGUCUCUCAAAUGAUGCUUCAUCUUUCAUUCAUAGAAACCUCUGUCCAUGAUGGAAAUGAAAGAGUUUAAUGAGUGAAAUUCUGCAUUAAAGGAAACAUGAUAUAGGGGAUAAAAAAGAUACAAGUUACAAAAGAGUAGUAUUAACAUCUGUAGAUGCAACUUAACUUUGCUAAAAUGCAGCUGACAGGGCCUCCUGUAAAAACUGUGCAUGAGAACUAUAUGUGAUGCAAAUGGCACUUAAGCUGAGGUAGACACUUAACCUGUAUUUUAAAAAAAGUUUUGGUUUGGAUAAAGCACAUUUUGGGUAAGCACAAAAUAAUUUUAUGUCUAAAUAAGCAACAAAAUCAUUGUGAAUGAAAGGGGUGAUGAAACUUAAACAUCAUGUCAGUAAUAUAGCUGUGAUUGCUGCAUUGUGCAAGACUCCACUAAAGCAUAAAGCUGCACACUGAAAUACAUCCUCAUAAAAAAUUAAACUGCACCAUAAGUCUACAAAAGCACCUGAAGCUACAAAGUGAUAUGCACAAUACAUAGAUAACAAUGUUGAACUAAUGCUAAUGCAGUGGGUCAUAUAUGAAGAAAGCACAACAGCAGGCAAGCUUAUAUUUUUCUCUACAAUUAGCAGCGAUCAGCGCUACUGGCUGCAGAGUGGCCGUAAUAUGACAGCUGAGAUUCCCUCUAACAAUAAAAAUCACUGAAACUCUGCAGCAAAGUGGGAAAAUGUCUUCUCUGGUCCAAACCUAGCCUGGAUACAGGUAUCGAUUUCUUACCGAAAACAAAGAUUCCAACUCCAGGGUCUCUUUUUCUACGUGUUAACGAGGUUAACUCAGUUCAGUUACUAAGAUGAACUUCCCAAUAGCAACGUAAAAGUACAUUUAUUUAACCGUGCAGAUAAUCUUUAUGUGACCAGCCAUAGUUAUAUUUAUAGUAUUUAAGACAGUGUAUUUACUCUGUACAUAUCGAUGUACAUUCUGAUAAAUUCACACUGAUUAUCUAUAGUAAGAGUGACAGGGUGUAUACUUGAGCUGUAAAUAAUAAAUGUAUAUUUUGAGAUAUUUUUUGAUUUUUUGUACUGUCAGUGGUGUUACUUUGGUGUCUGUUGGUUUCUGGUGUUUGUGUGUGGUCGUUCUCGAAACUUAGCCGAGUGACUGUGCAUAUGUGUAUGUAUAUAUCAGCGUGUGUAUGUAAGUGUAUGUGAGCGAGUGAGCGUGUUUAAAGUAAAGGUAUAUGUAGCUUUUUGGUGUUUAAAUGUGUGUUUUUCGCCUCUCUCAGUGUUGUGUGCUGCUGACCUAAUCCAGUAGAUAAAAUCCUGAUGUUACAGUCAGCUGGGACCACUGAUGUAAGCAAUCUCUAUUCUGUGUUUCUCACUGGAACUGCGGUGGCUUCCAGCACUAAACUGGCAAAACACAAAUCAAGAUGAAAUGUCUGUCUACAAGAAAGAAGACAGAAACUUUCAUUUGUUGGUUGAAGAGCAUUCAGAUCUGUACAAACAUGAUGGAGGGAACAGGAAAUUAAAAUAACCACUUUUAUUAAACAGA